UAAUUCUAACUGUAGGUGGAAGCGAAAAGAAAGAAAAGAAGAGAUGAAGAGCGCAGCUCAGCCGGCCCAGAUUCCGACGAGCUUCGGCAACGAGCUUCGGGCUUGCCUCCGUUGCCGGCUGGUGAAGACCUACGAUCAGUUCAGAGAGAACGGGUGCGAGAACUGCCCGUUCUUCAAGAUGCACGAGGACAGCGACCUGGUGAACGAAGGCACUACUCCUAAUUUCAAUGGCAUCAUCUCCGUCAUGGAUCCUGACAAGAGCUGGGCUGCCAAGUGGCUCCGCAUCUCCAGGUUUGUUCCUGGUUGCUACACCCUUGCUGUCUCUGAGGCUCUUUCUGAGGAUUUGCAGAAUAUAUGUGAAGAUGAGCGCGUGCAAUAUGUACCACCAAAACGUGUAUGACCGUUAGCCUUAUGAUCAGACCUGAAAACAGAAAAAGAGACUAGAAGCAGAUUGACUUGUUAUGGAAACAGUUGGUUGUUGGUGGUUAUUGUUCUGUCGGAAUGAAGAAUCUAGUUAAAUAAUCAAACUGGGCUACUUGUAAUGUACUGAAUCUCUUUUGUUUUGUGUUGAUGUGAAUGCUGUGUAAGACAGAGUAGUUGUUUAUCUGUGUUUUCAUGUCUUGCAAAAGUCUGCUUAACCAAACAAUGGGAAAAAUAUGGGAGCAAUUUGUGAGC